GUAGUCCAGUAGCGUUUGUGACUCGCGCUUACACACGCUCGGUCGGUCGCGUCGUGUCGUGUCGGGGCCGGUGAACAGUGAAGAGAGAGCGGUGGACAAUCUUUUCCUGUGCCCUGUGGGUUGCAGCAGUAGUAGGGUGCGUGCGUGUGUGUGUGUGUGCAGCCGUGACUGCCUGGUGUAUGUGUGUGGGCACGCGUUUGUAUGUGCAUCUCGGCGAGAGAUAAUAACAAAGGCCGUUGUGAAGGAAAGCGACGAAAGUCCGCUCGCUAUCUACCUACCGGAGCCCCAGCGGGUUAAAGGUAAAGGAUAAGAAAGGCGAACCCCUCAUCAUCAUCAUCAUCAUCAGUAGCACCAUCACGUUCUCGCACACCGGCAGCUAACCAUCCAAGACUUGCGAUGGCCAUCGGUAUGGCAGGGCGUCGGCAAACCCGGCGAGGUCGCUACUGGCACAUGGGCAUCGUAUUCCUGGUGUACUCCAGUUUCCACGCGUACUCGGCCUCGAUCGGUGGGGCCAGCGAAGAGAAGGGUGGCCUCGAUCUCGGCAACCUCGACCUGUCCAACAUUACACCGAACCCAGCAUUCUUCGCUACCUCUGCCUCGUCCUCAGGCGAAACGUCCGGCGAAACGGACACUACCGGCCCGGACGAGGUAGGUCCGACGGAGGAAACGAAACCGACGGAAGGCCGCGUACAUCAUACGCAUCCGACGUGGAGACCGAAGCGUGAAAACUGUACACCGCCGGCGAUCGAACAAUUCCCGCAGCCACUGAUGGGACCGAACGUGCGGAAGCAUGGUGGUCUGAUCAUACACGUGCUGGUAGCGAUCUUCACCUUCCUUGGGCUGGCAAUCGUGUGCGACGAUUACUUUGUGUCGAGUUUAGACAGAAUAUGCGAAGAACUCAAACUCUCACCCGAUGUUGCCGGUGCCACGUUUAUGGCGGCAGGCAGCUCAGCGCCCGAGUUGGCAACCGUCGUCAUUGGGGUGUUCUUCGCCAAGGACGAUAUCGGCAUUAGUGGCGUGAUUGGAUCGGCCGUGUUCAACAUCAUGUUCGUGAUAUCGGUGUGCGCCCUCUGCUCAGGCACCGUGCUCCAGCUGAACUGGUGGCCACUGGUACGAGAUUGCACCUUCUACACCAUCUCCAUACUGGUGAUGUUGAUCGUCAUCUUCAACGAUGUCAUCUCGUGGAUCGAAUCGCUGAUCAUGCUGCUGUUCUACGUCGUGUACUGUGUCGCGCUGCACUUUAACACUCCGCUCGAGAAGUGGGCCCACACCUGGAACCUGCCGAUCAAGCUCCCCACAAAGGAAGAACAGUCGGCACUGGUCACGUACAAGAACCUGCCCGAGACGACCUACACCCAGGGUCAGCAGCCAGGCCAAGAACAGCAGCAGCAGCAGCAACCACCAGCCGAUCAACCCCCGGCGGUUGAUCAGGGUUACUCAGCGUACAUGGAUCCAAACGCAAGCUGGGACCCAAAUGCGGCCUGGGGAGAACCGGCCCCGGCCGUAACGAACUCAUCGGUAGCAAACGUAAACGAUGCUUGGAACUCCGGUACCGGUCAGCAGAACUAUGCGUACGAAGAUCAGUACGGCCAGGACGGUCAGAAGACGCAGCAACAGCAGCAGACACAGGUCGUACAGCAGACGGCUGUAGCAGCACCGGCCGCAAGCGAAGACUACUACAAACCGAAGGAACCACGACCACAGGACUCGCACAACCCACUCGAAAAACCCGUCGACGGAGGUAUCCUGGCACAGGUGUCGUGGGCGAUCGUCUACCCAAUCCACUACACUGCCCGGUUAACCAUGCCGGACUGCAAGACGGAAAAGUAUAAAAACUGGUACCCCUUCACCUUCCUGAUCUCGAUGAUCUGGAUCUCGUUCUACUCGUACUUCAUGGUGUGGAUGAUCACGAUCAUCGGCUCGACCCUCGGCAUCCCUGAUACCGUCAUGGGACUAACGUUCGUGGCCGCGGGUGUGUCCGUCCCGGACGCGCUUAGUUCCAUCGCAGUGAUCAAGGAGGGGUACGGCGACAUGGCCGUCUCCAACGCCGUUGGGUCGAACGUGUUCGACAUACUCAUCUGUCUCGGGCUGCCGUGGUUCAUCCAGACCGCCAUCAUCAAGCCCGGCUCGCACGUGAACGUCAUCUCCAAGGGACUGACCUACUCGACGCUUUCGCUCCUGUCGACCGUGCUGUUCCUGCUGUUCGCUACGCACCUGAACGGCUGGAAGCUGGACAAGCGUCUCGGGAUCGUGCUGAUGUUCUGGUACCUGCUCUUCAUCACCGUCGCUUCCCUGUACGAGCUGAACUUUUUCGGUCAGCUCAAUCCACCCGAGUGUCCGAGUAUCUACUAAAGCGGGUACCAGCGGGCACCAAACACCAAACAAGUAUCGCCUACGUCCACCCCAUUAUUCUUCCGCACAUGUACUUCUUCCGCAGAACCACGACAGUAACACUUUCUCCCUUAUUACCAAAUAACGUUUGCUUAGCGUGGAAGGCAUCCAAUAUCUUCCAGCUAUUUCAUACAUUGCGUUUAGCGUCCGUUUCUAUAUCCAUUUUCUUUUUGUGUUUGAAGCAGGUAUGUUACGAUCGAGACAAUUGCCACAGCAAUGAUCGUCUUCGGGUUUUAGCGUAGACAUUUACAUACGAUUGUAUAGUUAGCCAAAAUGAUAUCAUCCUUAGUGACUGUGUGCCGGCCGGCAUUUUGUUAUGGUAACAGCGAUUGCUUUCUUAGUUUUAUUGCACAGUUGUGCCGAUGAUAGCGAGCUGAUAAAAAGCCACGUUAUAGCAUAAGAUGUUACGAUUAGCGUUGUUGGUUCUGUUCCUUAUUUUUUUGUUUGCAUCAUUUUACUUACUACACCGGCCAAUGUAGCAAUACUUGCACCACCAGGAUUUUAUUUCACUUCUUCAUACUGACCAGGAAGGAAGCUUUCCAAUUCCUGUUCCCCGCCCCAACAACAAAAUUUAAGCUCUAGGACCAAAAGGAUUAAAUGACAAGUAUUACCCUGUUCUCGCUCGCAACUCUGAAUAGCUAAUAUGUUAUCGUGAUCGUGAUCGCGAUCGCAGCAGUAUUCCGUUUUGCGCAGUAUCAAAUCCCAUCGAUCGUUUCCUUAGGACGUAGAAUUGUGCAUUCUACUGCAUCACACUUGCGAAAUUGAGAGAGGUAGAGGUGGCAUGAGCGCUCGAGCAGAUGUGUCGCGUAUUAGGUGUAAAUACACUAAUUCCCAUUCCCCGCCACUAACGAAUGCGAUCAAAAACAUGUAAAGAAAGGCAUUAUUAAGCAAGCAAACUUGUACGCUCUGUAUAAACACACAAGCACACCCACACACACUCAGCGUCAUGGCAAUAUUGAGCUGUUAAAAAAUCACAAAAGAAAAACACAAAAAAGAGUCAAAAAAGUUAAACCCACACCUAUAGCUAUGUCUAAACAGGAUCAAACCAAACACUCAUUAUGUCCUCGUUGUUGUUCCGUGUCUGUUUCGGUUUGGCAAAAAUUGUAGUGUAUCCGUGUACAACCACCACCAUCACUCAUCUGCUAACGCGUCGCAGAUCGCUUUAACUUGAUUGAGCUGCGCCUUAGUCAUUCCUUCAUCCGUAGAUGCUGUGAGGUCUACACUAACUCUAUUUAACGGUCCUAUUCCACUAUAAGAACGAAUAAGUAUUAGAGACAAUAUAUACAUACUUACAUAAAUAUACAUACAUAUAUAUUUAUCAUACAUCUAAAACAAAAGCCGUCACGGGUACCGAAAUUGCCGAGAGAGCGCGAGCUAGGGAAGAUGAAAACACGCCACAUAUACACCAAAACACGUGCAUCCAACUGUUACUGUUCUUCGUUAGGCGCCUAACAGCUGUCCAGGUCAGUUUUGAAUUAGAUUGGGUAGCUACAAAACGAACCGAACGACCGAAAACACCGUCGUCGUCAGGCAUAAGAGGAUAAGCUGACGCCAGACACUGUGUCAGACUAUGUAUGGGGCAAAUUAUGACUACGUUAAACGACCGUACCGGAAAGCGUUAUUUACAUACUAAAUUAAAGGUAUACAUAUAAAUAUAGGAUAAACAAUCGCUGGCGCCGAAAGGACAAUCCGGAGGACAGUAUCCGGCAAAUGGUACACCCCUUCACUCGCUGUCCUUUCAUGUACUUCCAGUUAUAUAAGGCAUGAUCCCAUGCCACUAUUUACUGCUGAUUGUUGCCCUGUUGUUGUGUCCCUUUUUGUUUAAUUGUCCCUUCCGAUAGGAAGUGAUCUACCGAAGUAUUCAGCUAAGGAUCUAAAAUCGGCUAUGGAAAUUGUUAAGUCACAGCUAUAGAUCACCAGCACUCGACAACACUCACAGACAGAAAGAUUGCGGGUCGACAAAUGCUAAGCGUGCAAAUCGUGCUUAUACAGCCUGUUCAUACAGUAUUAUACUGAUUUUAUUGUUGCAGAGUACCUAUAUCCACGGUUCAAGUAUAACGCUACAAAACGCACGAACUAAAGCAUUACUUCAAUGUGAGAGGCGUACCACUCUACAAGGCUCUGUUAAGUUGAGCUAUAAUGCUGAGCUGGGACUCCAUACGGUCCAUGAGGUGCGAAACCAGGGUUGCCAUAUGGUCUAUUUCUAUUAGUUCCUGUCUGGCAUGGAAAAUUUAGAUCUAAUGUACUGGUUUUCAUAUUUUAUAUAUAAUUUAAAGUUAACGAAGGAUUUUUUGCUUGGUUAUGAAAUUACAUAAAAAGAGGCAGGCUAAAACGAUACUAUUAGACAUCCAAGAAAGAGGGUUGAAUUUUCUUCUGCAGCUUUGGAAUUAACCUUCCUAGAUUAUCAGAGAAUAGGGCGAUUUUUUAACCAAUGUUCUAUUCACCAUGCUGAAAGUGGUGGAACUCGUUGAGUCAAACAUACAAAUUCUUCAACACCAUUUAGUCUCGAGUUAAUAACGAUGAAGAAAAGUAUAAAAAUGCUCUUGAAAUUAUUCUAGUCAAAGGAUAAUUUACCGACCGGAAAUAGGUAGUAAAGGAUUUAAAAUUAAAAGGCAUUUCAAACGUGCCGGGGGGGGAAUAAGAUCUUCCAAAGAUAGCAGACCUCGAGCAGAGCGGAAGUUGACCUUAUCACGACACUUGUUUUGUAAUGUUUAGUAUGUUUUUUGUAAGAUGAAGUUGUUUUGCUUAUAUUAACUUACAUUGCUUAUAUAACAGUAUGCAAACAAGAAAACAAAAAACAACUGGCAUAUUUUGGGUAUAACUUUGAGGAAAAGCGACACAUAGAAUGAAGUUAAUGGUGUAGCAACCGCUUACUCCAGUGUAAAACACGCUCGUAUAAAAGCAGUUCCAUCUAUUACACGUCAGUUAAACGUUUCGACGUUGGAAAAGGAAAACGAGGACUACCAGCUUAUGAUUAUCCUUUACCAAAAACCAUAAAUUCACCACCGAAAAGCAUACACAAAAAAGAGGGCAUAAAUUCACCACGAAGACCCUCGGAACGUAGAAACACCACUUACACAUACAAACGCAAGGAGGAGUAUAUACAUGUAGCUCCGCCCCUAGUUUUUCACCUUCUUUUUUUCCUCGUUAUCCCAUAUUCUUGUUCGCUUAUGUUACACACGAUUGAUGCACAUAAACUGCAAUGCAAUCAUAGAUGCAACAUUGCACCGACCGCACUCUCAGCUGCAAGCGCAUAUAAGUAUAGUUGAGCACACGCGGACACGAGGCGUAGGUCGUGUACCGUCGUUGGUACCUUGGGGAUCGACAUUGUCCGGUACCAACCACGAACAACGGUUAGUCUUCGUUCGGGACGCAAUCACCAUCGGUUGCCUUUCAAGUGUCCAUCUUAGCUGCUGCCUUAGCUUGGGAAAGGAAUCGUGUGUCGUGUUGUGUUGAGCGUGCCGAUGAUCCACGCCGGUCAGUGCUCAGCCGCACACGACGUUCACAGGCAGAAAGGAGACACGGAGGAUCAUACUAUCCUGACGAUGGGCUAACUGCCGUUCAUGGUUCAUCCACAUCACACGUUCAGUAGUAUGGGUAGUAGCACCAGCACCAGUAUUUUCAGCACCGUAGAAAAGUUCCGAUUGAAAUUAUCAAGCGACGUGUGCAGGUGAACGAGAAACUCAACAGAAUUGGUUAGAAUGUGCCCAACUCACCCAAUGGAUCGUUUUAUUUAGAACGUAGGACGAACACAAAAAACCUACAUUCUACACGCCAAUAUCAAGCAUGUAUGUUUCAGAUCGUGAGGAUCGGUCAGCGAUACAACCGCAGCCGCUGAACUCGGCCAAUACGUUAGCCAAAGUCUCUUACAAACCGCUUGUGUCACAGGCUGAAUGGAAACGGCCAUGGAGAGACAGCCACAUCACCGCGCACAUUAUUUCCAUCGUAUCGUCGUGGACUUACAGAUUUUAGCAUGACACCGUUCGAAACAACGAAUCUCUAAUGUCAAUUGAAUGCCUCCGUACUGCAAUACUGAAGUAAAACAGAGGGAGAGAGAGAGAGAGAUAGAGAGAGAGAGAGCGCAGCAAGUUAGUAGAAAAAGCAACUCUGAAAGCUUUGGAGAUCAACUCACCAAACAUCUGCCAGCUAGUUUACGGUCUACAUUUGUGUUUGCAAUAUUAGUUCUUCCCUGUCGCUACAACAUUCUUCCCACUCAGUUCCGGGAAAAGGGGACAUAACGUUACGUUUAGAUAAAAAAAAAGAUCGGACAAUUAGUAUCUAGUGGCAGCUAGCUAAACAUGUCAAUCAAUCAAUCAUUCAACUCACAGUAUAGAUGUAAACGUUUGAGAAGGUACUAGGCGGUGCGGAGGGACACUCGUGUUGCGUAUCACAGGACCCACAAAGAGGCCGACAUGCAAGGCGACUGCUCUAGAACAAAAAAAAACAUGAUCGAAUGCACAAUAAGCAACUAAUAACCCUGCGUUGACUUUCUCUCUUAGUAAAACAGAACAGCAAACAAGGUAUCGAAACCCAUCAACACCCGAUGUCUACCGUCUACCUAUAUAAAUAUAUUAGCUAACUCUCUAUCCAGUGUGGUGGGGCACUCAUAGAACUAUCAUUUCGCACACAAAACUUGCGCGGGCAAAUACUCUUAAUACUUUACGGAAGAAACGAGUUGAGGAACCCGAUAGCCAUGAAGAUCUUUGUAGAAAUUCAGUACCAACAAACAUCCUGCAGCAUGGUCGUACGUGAGAGGAUUUCUGUAAAAUCAUCUAUGUUACUGCAAGUCCCUUUCACUCCAAAUUGCUAAACACCGACCGUUGAACUAUUGAUGUCAGCACAUCAAAAACAACAAGAACAACAAGAAUAAAAACAACAACUAGAAUAUGGGUCGAAUCUCAGACCAUUCACCAGUUCACCAACGGAACGCAGGCAAUGGAUUCGACCGCUAUUGGACGUAUUUGGGGAAGUGAGGACAAAACUAUAAAAUUAUAAAACCAAAACAAGUCUAAAACCAAACAAACUGCUCAUGCUAUGAGAUGUUAAUUGUUGAAAAAGUUAAAUAAAAAUGUAAUGAUAAAAUCGAA